AGUGACGCUUUCUUCUGGUAUCAUCGGCAGCCGUAGGUAGUUUUGUAAAAUAAAAAAGCGAAGUAAUUAUGUUUUCAGCGACAAAGGUGAGCUUGUAGGGUGAAUGUGUCUUCAAAAUACUUGCUGCAGUAGCGUUACUUGUUACCUUAAAGGCAGUUUGUGUCGUACUAGCGUGUGAUUCCAUGGUAACUUUGUUGUAUGGAUUUACCAAGGAGGGUCAGUGGAUAAAGUGGUAUGUUGUAUUAUGUAAGCAAUCCAGUCAGACAAACAUGUCAGUCCAGCUAUAACUGGAGGACAAUUAGGAUCAGGUUUCAGUCAGAUCCACGCUGCAACAAUCUCUCUGCCCUGUGACUUUCCAGAGCUGCUAUGAAAUCCAGUGGACCUGUGUUUACGAGGCAGAAUCCCUUCCCACCAGCAUCCACUGCGAGGAAGGCACACUACCACCCAUCCCGUAACCAGGCCCUGUCAAAGAAAGACAAGAAAACCACUCUGAGUCCUGUACGUUCAAACCAGCGAUCCAGCCCACAGUUACACACUCACAGCCCAGUGAGCCAACAUAAGAAAUCUGACCACCGUUUUUUUACCACUGAUGGACAACCUGUUUUUGAAGAGUCCUGGCCCUCCUCUGAUUGUGGAUCGUCCCCUGGCAGCACUACAGCCUCACCUGACAUGGAGGCACCCAAACAGUCUGCUCGACCAGGGAAAUCCACAGUUUCCUCAUUGCAAGGAAAUCAGCAGGAUUCAGUGCUGGCAAAAUACGUGGAACGUUUUCGUCGUGGUCGGCCGCAGAGUCGAGAGGAGCGCCAGCAGACGGCCUCUGACGUUGGAGAGGAGCCGGGGCCUUUUUGGUGGAUGUCACAUUCAUCUUUACCCCCCAGUUCAACACCAGUUAAAACAACAGACAAAGAUGACCACGAUCCUGCCAUUUUCAGUCCAGCUGGACAGCGUCGGCGUGACAGAUCCCUUUCUCCAUGCAGAGGAUCCCUGAGUGUUUUGUCCGACACUUCCCAGAGUGAGUUUGAUGACACAGAGAUCCUGCACCUUCAAGAAAAGGCUAGCCGACUUCUGCUCAGAGGUGAAUGUCCCCUGAGUGAUGGAUCGGUCCCUGUUAGCUCAGAGGGCGUGGGAUGCUCAGAUUUCUCUUCUCCUGUCAGUGUCGAUGAGCCAGUGCGACAACCUUUGGUUCCCAGUUUAAUAAAAUCUACUGCUGUGAAUCCCAGCUCAGACCCAUUUCAUGCGGCAUUGUCCAAAAAAUCUAUCAUCCCUCCUUCGGGGCCUCCCACAUGUCCUGAACAGGACAUCUUGUUCCAGUGGCGUUUACGGAGAAAGAUGGAGCAAGCCAGGGAGCGGCCCCAGUUCCUGCAACCCUCCGGUCUUCACGGUUCCACAUUUAGCUGGCAGGCUCCCAUCUUAAGCCAUCCCUCAGCCGGUGGACAAGCUUACAAGAAUGCUCCACCUCCUCAAUCCUCACAAAGAGACACUCAUCCGCCCAUCACUGCUUCCCAGCCAGAAACCAAAGAAGCCCACAGAUCAUGUCCUCCAGAGCCGCACCAUCCUCCCUUCCCUGCCUUUGUUGUCUCCGGCUCUUCAGCCCCUCAGCCCCAGACUAUUGCCCAUGUUCCUGCCCACAUGCAUUACCUCUGUGAUGUCUUGCCGUGUCCCAUCCAGUCAUCUCAUGCUAAAGAGCAACAGAGCAUCUCACAAAGGUUUGAUGAGCCUCAGACCAAAUUUGCUCAUAAAAAGAUCCAAGUCUCUGGAAACUCUACAAAUACCUUCACUGAUGUUCCUCUUGGUGAGCAUGUGUCAUCUUCACUACCUGCUUCAUCUGGAGCUACAGAGGGAGAGAGGCCUAGUCACCAAAAACUACCUGAGAGGAAUAAGAAAAAGAAAGCAGAGAUGAAAGAGUCAGAGAAGAAGACGUCAGAGUCCAUCAGACAGCAAAAGAAAUCAGCGAGCAGUUCUUCACAUCAGAGACUUCCCAAAAAGGUCACAUCCCAGAAAGAGCAGCAUCGACAGGAGGGAAGCCAGGAGUUUCCCAGCGAAGGCUGCUCUCGUGAUUAUAAACCACCACCUUCUCCGAUCCACAUGGCCUUAGGGCAGGUGGUUUCAGAGGUUUUGUUCCCUACGGAGGAUUCGUCUCCUGCCCAAAGAAUCCCUGUUUCAUCCGUUUCUCCUCCUGCUACUUUCUCUGCACCUUCACAAUCCCCAGUUUCUUCAUUUAAUGCACAGAACUCUAUGGAGGUCAUUUCACAGCUGCUGCAAGAGGCUGAAGAUUCUGAUGAAAAAGAAUUCGAAGAUGACCCUUUGUUACAAGUUCUUCGCAAACAGAGAAAAUGGAUAAAGGAGCAGAUCAAUGAAGUGGACUCGAUGUUAGAUGAAUUCCUGGAGGAGCAACACGUUACUUGACGAUGACAAGAGGCACUUGAUGUAGUCACAAUUUUUUUUUAUUAUUAUUUUGUAAAGAAAUAAAGCUUAUUUGUAUAUUUCCACAUUGGAGAUA